UUUAAAUUUGUUUUAAUUUAGGUGGCUUUGAAGGUGUUGUCGGAUUCUUUUUUUAUGGAGCAAUAGUAAUAACUAUGUGGUAUGGUGGACAUCUUCUUUAUUCCUAUACAAAGGGUGAAUCAGUGGGAAUUUCUCCUGGAGUACUUACAUCCUUUCUUAUUUAUGGACUACAAAUUGGAAUGGCAUUUGGAGUAAUAUCUUCACUGUUUGGAGAUUUCAUGCAGGCGGUGGGUGCAUCUUUCCGAAUAUUUGAGUUAUUAGAUCGUCGACCGAUCAUCCCCGUGAAAGGAGGGCGGAUGUUAAUCUCUCCCGAAGGAAAAGUUGAACUAAAAGAUGUUUAUUUUACUUACCCGAGUAGACCCGAAUGCCCUGUUUUAAAUGGUAUAUCGUUGACUCUAAUUCCUGACAAAGUAAUCGCUUUGGUGGGUCCUUCAGGAGGAGGAAAAUCGACCAUUGCCACUUUGAUCGAAAGAUUUUACGAUCCCGAUUCCGGAGCAGUUCUCUUUGACGACGAAGACAUCAGAGAACUGGACCCGAUCAACUUGAGACAACAGAUUGCUAGAGUGGAACAGGAACCGGUCCUUUUCGCUUGUUCCAUUUACGAAAAUAUAUGUUACGGAAGAGAUGCCUCGCUCGAAGAGGUUAAAGCUAUAGCAAAAGAGGCCAAUGCUCACGAAUUCGUCGAAACUUUCGAACAGGGAUACGAGACCCUCGUGGGCGAGAGGGGAGUCAGAUUGUCCGGAGGACAGAAACAGCGCGUGGCCAUCGCUCGUGCUCUCCUUACCGACCCCAAAGUGCUCCUACUGGACGAAGCAACGAGCGCUCUGGAUGCAGAAAGUGAGCACCUGGUGCAAGAAGCAAUCGAGAGAGCAAUGAAAGGAAGGUCAGUGUUGGUCAUCGCCCAUCGGUUGUCUACCGUCAAGAAUGCAGAUGCCGUUUUGGUAAUCGAUCAGGGAAAGAUAGUGGAAAUGGGGACGCACAAACAGUUGUUGGAUAUGGACGGAAUGUACAAGAAGCUAGUGCUGAGACAAUUAUCCAUAAGUGGUACAGAGGAUUCGAUCGACGAAUGAUUGGUUUGCUUUAUGCCGUUAUAUUUUAUUUAAAUGGUUUUAGAAAGAAACCAUUUUAAUUUAAGGGGAUUUUUAUUUAUGAAAAGUUGUCAUUUGUUAAAAAUACUUAAUGUUUUUACAGACAGAACAUCUCUAUUUUUAGCAUUUCAAUCAUUAAAAUUAGGGUUUUUAUAAUUCUUUCCAUCUUUGGGCAGUAAGAAGACUUUUUAACUUUCUUGUGAUAGGAAUUUGGAGUUAGCUAAUUCUUUAUUUCAAAUAAAGAAUUAGCCCAUGAUAUGCCAGAAUUUCUCAUAUUUAUUGUUAUCAGAAUUAGCAAGUCCCAAAACAUGACUAUUUUAAAAAUGCCUACUUAAUCUUUUCACAUCAUCAGCCACAACUAAUAUAAGGUUGAUAAUGUGACAACAAUUAAAUGCUUAAAACACUGGUUAUAUACUCAAAAUACUGGCAUAUCUUCAAUUACACCCUAGAUCUUGUUAAAGGUCAUAGCUGACAAACAAUACCAGAUGAAUUAUGUAAUGAUUAUUUACAAUCUAGAUAUUAAGUCCCAAAAAGUAAUUACAGUAAGUGAAUUCUACUGUAAUAAAUUAAGUCAUUUACAUUCAAUAAUGUGUAAUUUGUACAUACCUGAAUUGUUUGAUGAAACAGUCAGGAAUACAAAAUCAAAAAAGUAUACAACAAAAGUGUGAUUGUUAAAAUAUUAUGGAAUAUAUUUACAGGAAAUUUUUUCUUAUUAAAAAUGCCUAAUAAUGUAAAAUUCAAGUAUUUUUAACUGUUUAUUAAAACAAAUUAGAGAUGAUCUUAGAUGAACACAAUAUAUAAAUUGCUUUGAAUAACUAUUUAGUACUUUAGAAUGCAUUACUAUACCAAUGAAAACAGCACUGUCCUGAACAUGUGAUGUAACAUCACUUAUACACUUAGUUAAAGUGUUUCAGCAGCAAUACACCCACUGACCACUGAGACUGGAAAACCAUACAAUGGAUGAAGUGUAUUUGAAAAAUGAAAGGUUGACUCUUCCUCAUAAAAUGGGUGGAUAAUGCUUUGCAGAUAUUUUAAAUCUCAAAGAAAAAUACAGACACUGAGUUUAUAGAAAACAAGAAACAUUACAAUUACCCAAGCUGUAAUUUCUGCAGACAAAGUCACAAUGACAGAACUGUGUUAAACUGCUGGCUGUCUUGUUUGUAUUUCUUUAAAGAGAUGUAUGGCAAUCACAAACCCUUCUAAGAAGAUACAGGAAGCACAUUUUAAAAGAA